AUGUCCCUGAAGGCAUAAAGAGCUCCGCCAUCACCGCUACCCACUGUCCGUCAGCUUUUUUUAAGCAAGGUUCCGCUUCAGACAACCAGCUAAUCGGUUUCCUGUUUUGUUCAUUUGCAACAUUUUGAUCCACAUUUGUCCUUGAAAUCGUUAGGUUUUCGCUGCCAUGAAGGGAAUCCGUCUUUUCGUCGUUUUUUCAGUCCUGUUCGCGUUUGUGCUGUGCUCAGCUGAAGCGGGAAGGAGCAGGACCAGCACCAACAGCUUCCGAAGGGUCGCAAACGGAAUUUAUCAGACGUUGAGCAGCGUGUUUGGAGAGGACAACAUUAGAGGCUUACACAAGUUUUUCUCCAAAGCAACCGAGCGUUUUGUCCAUGGAGUGGACUCUUUUCUGGAAACGAUCUGGAAAAUCUGGUCCGAUUUGCUGGAUGUGAUGGGAAUUGAUUCAUCAAACCUCAGCCAUUACUUCAGCGUCACGUCUCUCACCAACUUCCCAGCGCGUGCCCUCCUUCUGGUCGCAGCUGUUCUUGUGGCCUACUGGUUCCUUUCCAUGUUCCUGGGAGGUUUCUUCUACCUUCUGCACGCCAUCUUUGGGCGCUUCUUCUGGCUGGCACGUGUCACGCUCUUCGCCCUCUCCUGCCUCUACAUCCUGCAGAAGUUUGAAGGUGACCCCGAGCGCGCAGUACUGCCGCUGUGCUUCAUCAUGGCAGUGUACUUCAUGACGGGUCCGGUGGGAGCCUACUGGCGCCGAGGAGGCGGGGCUGGUUCCCUGGAGGAGAAAAUCGACCACCUGGACACUCAGGUCAGGCUGCUCAACAUCAGGCUGAGCCGUGUUAUGGACAGCAUGGAGCGCAGCGGGGAGCAGUGAAGCCCAGGAACGCUGCAGCCCAGAGGAGUUUUCAUGGGAUGGUCGGGGACAAACCUAAGCGGUUUGUUGCUACGUUACUGUUUCUUACGCACAUCCCCAGAAACACAACUACUGUAAUUGUACAACUCUGUCAGUCAAAGAGAAAAUUUAAAGUAGAAAAAAAGUGUUUGAAAAACUCCUGUGGGUUUUAAUUUGAAGAGAUGUUAAAAAAAAAAAAAA